AUGUCUCGUCGCCUGGGAAGACCGGCGAAGAAGCGAGAGAACGCACAGGACGACCACCUGGAUAAUGGAGGAUCAGACCAUACCCGUCACCAGGCAAAUCGAAGAAUUCGAAGCCCCAGGAAGAGAAAAGUAAAGCAAGAACGAGGGCGGGGGAGUGGCAAUGAUGCAAUAAACUCACAGGAUGAAGAAGAGCUUAUCCUGGAGGAAAUGACCUUCAACGACUCCUUGGUAGAUAACAUCCCUGCCGAGGAUACGCGCCUGCCGACCCCACCAUUCUUAGAUACAGAGAAACCAUCGCUCUACGACGGUUGUGAUACCAUCGACUUGUCAGACAACUGGCUACAGGAGUUCAUAUCUAGUCAGCCGGCCGACUUGACGCAGGACCGCAACUUUUUGGAUGCUCUGGGUCUUAACAGCAAUGCUGAAAAUAGCCUUACGGCAAUUCCGACAAGCUUGAAGGAUCUUGCUAGCUCGAUCACGGGUGUUCAGGCGAGCUCCGAAUUGCAAGACCAGCUGCCACUCGCCUAUUAUCCGACAGGAAAUAGCUUUGCCCCAUACGAUGAACCUCUCAGCGAGGCCGCACAUCUGACGGCUGACAUGGCUGCCCCUUAUGGGGAGAUCCUCAGAAGAGAUUCCUUAACUUGGUCGCAGCAUGUCCCAUCAACGAGAAACGAUCCUGCCAGAUUACCGGUUGCAAGUGAACAUACGAAUCCGCUAGUGACGAACAAAACUCAAAGGCGCAAUCACGAAUACGGCCCCUCACCCGAAGAUACAAGGUUGACCACGCAGCUUGCGACGCGGCAGUAUCAUUUCCAGUGCCAUGAACACGCUGCCCGAGAGUUAAUGCUGGUAGGAGUAACUGCCUCUGGCACAUGGCCAGCUGUCACAAUUGAUUCGAUCUUGAACUAUCAGAGGACCUUACACCAAUUGGCUGAUACCAUUCUCCGUUGUGCCAUUUGCUGCAAAACAAGGUUGAAUUUGCUCAUGGUCGUUGUGGUUAGCAUCGACAGUCUAAUAACCACUAUCGAGACAAUCACAUCCGUUGACAAUGGUGUCAUGGAUGGUUUGUUCGCUGAGUACCACGACCAUCGCUUUCGAGAAUACGGACAAGCUACCGGACAUGGGACUACUAAUCGGCGGUAUAGGAAUGCCAGCUUUUGCUUCAAGGCCAAAGUGGAAGAGUGUCCCUUGUUAGUGGGUGGUUUCCCUGUCCCAUCUGAAGAAAAGUUCACGUUUGUCAAGCAAGUUUUGCACACCAGGCUCUGUGGUUUGUCGAAUAUCAUCGCUCGGAUCCAGUUUUGCACCCAGAGGAUACUGGCCAUUCCGGCAUCUUCGGGUAAAGUAAGCAUGAUGACGGAGACAGAGCAAAGGUUGCAGUUGAUUUUGACAAAGAUGAAGCCGCCGGCGAGGCGUUGA